AUGCACACAGUAUUCGCACCUCAGCCUACCCGCCUCGUCAUAGUUGACCCUGCUCAACGCGACGCGCCCCUCUUCCCCAACGGCAUGCCCAGCUCAUCCAGCUCCCGCAUGCUCAUCGAGGACGACGAUCCUUUCAUCUCGCACUCUACCACGAAGCCCAAGCCCGAGUCCAUCAGCUAUCCUCGCUUGCUAUCCCCAAUUGCUCUGCCCGACCGCUCUCGUAAACUAUUCUGCAAGUCUCCUACACCGUGUAGCUCUAUCAAGAAAUCAUCGACCCUCAACGCGCCGCGCUCGCCUCGCCGCAGGAGGCACGGCCUCGCCCGCCCCACGCGCCGCCCAUGCAACAUCGCCCCUCUCGUCUUCCCGCGCCCAGCCACCUCCGUAUUCGACGACCUCGCGUGGGCGUCCACGCUGGACGACCCCUCGCUCGCGCAGGACCCGUGGGCGAUCGCAGACCUGUCUGCACUUCCACUAGACCGCUCCUCCGGCCCGGGCCCCGUACGCCGGCGGAAGCUAAGCACCGAAGCGCGCACCGAACUCGAGCCGCUGCGAAUCGCCGAGCUCGCCCGCGCAAGCAUGCGGACGCCUCCACCGCGACACACGCCCGGCCGCGACACGACGUUUCGGGAACUCAUGCCGGUUUGGACGCCGCAGUGCGCGCCGUAG